GACCGGUUCGCUUGCUCCCACUCAAAAGCUGGCAGCCGAAAGUCACUGCAUGCCCUAGGGGCCUGACUGGCUCAGUACCUAAACUGCCUACUUUUAGUUGCCCAUACCUGCCCCAGUUGUCAAAAGUCGGGAUCUCUCUCUGCAAUCUUUUUGCUAUCCACAUUCUCUCCUCUAAACCAACCAAGUGGCUGCCUGUAAAAGUGCAUGACACUUGACUGGACCCAGGUCAUUACCUAUUCAUUCAUUCACUCACUGAUCUGUUCAAGUUUUCUUGGGCCACCGCGCCAUCAGUCCCGUAUAGCGACAACGACACUCCUUCCACGUCCUCGGUUCUUGCCGCCAACCUCCUUUCAUUUCCUUCACUUCCCCUUCAACUCUCCCUAUCAACACGUUUCCUAUUUCCUGCUCCUACAAAGUUACAGCAAUGACGAAACUGCAAAAGAACGGCCCUCCUGCAUACUCUAACGCGUCGUCGGCUGCCGGACUUGGUGUACCGUACGAAGAUCUUCCUCCCAGUGCACAACUACCAGUGCCGAUCGCCACCCCAAUCCGCCCAAGCUCGUAUAGCGAGUUGGCGUCGACAAAUCCUUUCUCACCGAACUUCACUCCUCCUCCAACGGCAUCUGGCGCGUCAUCCUCCAGUGUCACAACGCCUCAAGUCUUUUCACCCGUGUCUCCCCUCGUCGACUUGACCUCGAUGGGGCAACCUUCACAGACCCUCACCCCUUCGCCUGUUCCUCAGAGACCAUCGGCCAACAAGAGUCCCGUCAAUUUGCAACGUCUCGACGGGUCUCCUUACUCUAACAAGGAGGCGAGACCCAAACAAGUAAGGGUCGCGAAGGACAUGUUCGAUGGCGCGCUCCCUCCUAGUUAUAAACGACAAGGCUCCGAUCCCGCCAGACGAGGUGACUUUACAACUUCCAGCCUACACGAGUGCACUCACUGCGGCAAGAAGCUUUCAGAAGGCCAAACAGGCCCUUGCACUGGAUGCGGGAAACGAAAAUCCUCGGCUCCGGCACCUGCAUCCCACAAUCGAAACACUUCCGCUGGAGUGGCAUCUCAGCGAUCCCUCGCGUCUUCUACCACAGCAGGCCCGACAAGUACUGCCGGAUCCUCGUCAUCCCCUGCACCGUGCUGCUCAAAAUGUGGACGGCACAAGCGACCAGGCUCCCUCGGCCAGUCUCAUUCCCCUCCACUUUCACACAGUACCAACAUGCGACUACAAUCCGCAGGAUUAAGCAUCCAGCCCAACCAUGCCGGGCAACAUACUUCAUUCUACCCCCAAAUUGACAUUAUUCCCCCAUCUGCGACGACUUUCCGCCCCCAAAGCACAUUUGCAAGCGUUUACGGAGAUGAAGCCCCAUUGGUCGAUCAUCAUGGAGCAGAGCCCAGGAGACACGAGAGUGGCCGUUCGUCCUUCCGGAACAAUUCAAUUGUCCGCUCCUUGUCGAGACGUUUGAGCAGGAAAGAGAAGGACAAGGCUCCAGUAGCUCCGGACGCGCCACUUCCCAGCCAACAAUUUUCCUCCCCCUCCAACCGACAGUCUGAUUCUCAGAGUGCCGGACGCUUGAUCAACAUGAUCAGCAGUGCAAUGCCUAAUGAGUCCUCGAGCUCGCGUGACGGGCCUCAAUACUCUCAGCUCAAGGCUGCAGAUGACAACCGCCCCGGAACGCCCUUUUCGUUCGUGGACGGACCUGAUGAGGACGGUGGCUUCGAGAUGACUAGUCUCAAAGACAACCCGAAGUCGUCUGCUCAAAAGAGUAUUGAGGCUGAGAGCUACUUUCCUCGUCCUCAGACGGGCGUCAAUGGCGAGUACAUUGCCAAUCAGGAAGAGCGUCUCGAUGUGAUUAGUCGACCCAAGACCGCAGAUCCUCACCGAAACUUCCUCAGUCCUGAUGAUGCUGAUGCACGGCCUCAAAUCACACGAUUCAAGAGUCUCCGAAGCGGUGUCAACAAAGUGAACGCUGGCAUCGGUUCAAUCAGCAGAAGCCAGAGCUUGAGGAGAUUGGGAAGUGUCAAGACAGUGCACCAUGCUUGGUACCGUGACGGCACUGAUGAGAACUCCGUUCCGGUGUUUUAAGUGGUGAUAGCAAACGGUGUCAGCACAUACACUCUGCCUAACUAGCCUUUACACAAGAGCAGUCGGUUUGAGGGACAUGAGACAUGCAACAUUCUAUAAGCUGGGACAUAAACUAAUGACUUUUUUGGGUUUUUGAUGGUUUCUGGAAUUUCCUUCACUUCGCCAUAUGAUACCACUGUUGGAAGCGUUGAUUUUAUGCAAUGGAACUUGUUAGCUAGUGAUAUAUCGUCAAAAAAUUGUUCACCUUGCCUA